AUGCCUCCCCCAGGAAGCUCUACUCCAACCCCAUCCCUGCCUCUUUCUCUUCACGUCAACCCACUCCCACGGCAUGCCUCCCCCAGGAAGCUCUAUUCCAACCCCAUGGGAGGGUCGCUGCCGGAGUCCUACUCGCAACUCAAGAACCUCACCCACCUGUACGCCUCCUCACCCACCUGUACACCUCCUCACCCACCUGUACGCAUCCUCACCCACCUGUACACCUCCUCACCCACCUGUACGCCUCCUCACCCACCUUUACACCUCCUCACCCACCUGUACGCCCCCUCACCCACCUGUACGCCUCCUCACCCACCUUUACACCUCCUCACCCACCUGUACGCCUCCUCACCCACCUGUAUGCCUCCUCACCCACCUGUAUGCCUCCUCACCCACCUGCAUCUGGAGGACAUGGGUCUGUCAGGCCCCAUUCCUGACUCAUGGGGCAACAUGGAAAAUCUGCAGUACUUCCAUUUGAGUCGCAACGAUAUUUCAGGGGUCCUCCCCACCUCGAUGAAUCAGCUCACCAACCUCAUUGAAUUCUCCAUCUAUCGCAAUCCGCUGCUGGAGGGCAAGCUGCCGCCCUGCUGGGCCACCGUCCAGUCCCUCGGCACUCUCUCCCUGCUGGGCACCAAGCUGCGCUGCCCCGCGCGCCCCGCCGACUCCUGCUGCCCGGGGUGCCUUCAGAGCGACCUGCCCUUCUGCUCCCUCCUCUGCCCCGACUUCUGCCAACAAUGCAAACCACCCCGUAACCCCCUCUCUUACUGCCAACCACCGUCUGUAACUGCUCCUUACCACAUCACCUCCUCCUCGUCACAUCACUGCCCCAUUCUCCAGGGGACCAUCCUGGUUCUGUUCCUGUCUUUGUCUGCUACACAUUUUCUCUCCCUUUUUACCCCUUAUUUACUCAGCAGCAACAAUGCUCACUCGUGUGUUACCCCCCACCACCCCAUUUGUGCCAUCCACCCUCUUCAUCUGCCCUGCACUGCCCGCCCGCCAGUGCUGUCUCCAGCAGGCAUAGCAGGCGUGGUGGUGGGGAGCGUGGUGCUGCUGCUGGUGGUGCUGCUCGUAGUGCUCUACGUAUGGUACUACUACUGGGGACCUGGCAGCCGCAAGGGUGAGUGGGUGGGGCGAAGGAGAGUGAGGUGCGGUGGUGAGUGUGGUGGUGGGGAUGUGCGUGGGGUGGGCUGGGGGUCGCUGCUGGUGGUGGUGCCGCUCGUAUCGCUCUACAUGUGGUAUUCCUACUGGGGACCCGGCAACCGCAAGGGUGAUUGGGAUGGGGAGGGUGAGUUUAGGGGGAGGCUGAGUGGGGUGAUGAGGGUGAGUGAGAUGGGGAGUGCGAUUGGAGUUAGAGUAAGCACAGACGAGGUUGCUCAUCUUCCCUCCCCUCUCUGCUUCCCCGAGCUCUCCUCCUCCUCCCUCCCUCCCACUGUGCUCCCCCGCCCUCUGUGCCCCCCCCUACCCUCUCACCCCCUUCCUCCUCCCCUGCAAGCAGCGUGGGAGAGGGAGCUGCAGCAGGGCUUCAGGAGGUACACGUGGAGGGAAGUUAUGGAGGCGACCAACCAGCUGAGCCCCGACAACCUUCUCGGCAAGGGCGGCUUCGGCUCCGUGUACUGGGGCGUCAUAGGCGGGUCCCAGCAGAGCGGGUGGAGCACAGGGGUGUGGAAGCGAGCUGAGGCCAGCUGGAAAGCAGCAAGCAGCGGCAUGCACAAGGGGAGUGGGAUGAGCGGAGGGAGUGGGACGACGAAUGGGGGGAGUGGCACAAGUGUAGGGAGUGGGACAAGUAAGGGGAGCGUUACGAGUGCAGGCAGCAGGAACAUUGCUUCUGUUGCUCCUGCGGACGGCAGUGCCCCAGGGGUGGGCGGCAGUGCUCCCAAGGUGGGCGGCGGUGUGCGUGUGGUGGUGGGCGGCGGCAUGGAGGUGGCGAUCAAGCGAGCAGCUGUUGUGGAGCGAUCGUCCAACGUCGCCACCAUGUUUGAAGAAGAGGUGAAGGCGGUUUCCAAGUUGAGCCACAAGAACCUCGUGCGCCUCCUCGGCUACUGCAACGAGAGCAACGAGCAGGUGCCGCUCUCUUCCAAAAAAUGCCGCCCUUGCCCUCUGAACGACCACCCGUACGAGAAGGUUGGUGGGCACCUGCUGGCCUUUGAGUUGUCCCAUUGCAACCCCCUUCCACCGGGUGUGUUGGUGUACGAGUAUGUGCCCAACGGAGACAUCAGCGACCAUCUGUACGCCAAGUUCCAAGGGCACCUGCUGACCUUCGAGGAGCGGCUGGACGCUGCUUUGGGGCUGGCGGAGGGGCUCAAGUACCUCCAUUAUCAUGCAGAGAAGCCUAUUGUGCACCGCGACAUCAAGCCCUGCAACGUUCUGCUCACAGAGGAGUACCAGCCCUGCAACGUGCUGCUCACAGAGGAGUACCAGGUGGGUGUGAUCAUACAGGUGGGUGUGAUCAUACAGGUGGGUGUGAUCAUACAGGUGGGUGUGAUCAUACAGGAGGGUGUGAUCAUACCGGUGGGUGUGUGGGAGGGUGGGUGGGUGGUGGUGUGUGGGGGUGUGUCUGUGUGUGGGGGUGUGUCUGUGUGUGUGUGGGGGUGUGUCUUGGGUGUGUCUGUGUGUGCGAGUGGGUGUGUGUGUGAGUGGGUGUGUGUGCGAGUGGGUGUGUGUGCUCCACAUCCCUCCAUGUCCCUCCAUCCCAUGUCUCCUCCACAUCCCUCCAAAUGUCUCCACAUCUCUCCAUAUCUAUCCACAUCUCUUUACAUCUCUCCACAUCUCUCCACAUCUCUCCACAUCUCUCCAAAUCUCUCCGCAUCUCUACCCACCAGCUACGGUGUGCUGCUACUUGAGAUGGUGACGGGGCGGCCAGCCACGGAGAGUGACCCAAACGACCAGAGCUGCCUCAGGCACAUCACCUCCUGGGCGGUGCCGUACAUAGAGCGCGGGGAGAUCCGAGAGAUAGUGGACGCGCGCAUUGCCUCGCCGCUCAACCUGCCCUUUCUGCUGCAGAUGGCGCGCACCGCCGCCCUCUGCGUGCAGCUGCCGUCCACCCGCCGCCCGGACAUGGCUGAGGUGGCGCGCGUCAUGCUGGACGCCCGCCGCACCUUCCAUGCCGCCGCCGCCGCCGCUGCUGCCGGCGCCGCUGCCCUCGCUGCCACUGGUGGUGCUGGCGGGCCGGGGGUGCAUGGAGGAGGAGCAGGAGCAGCUGCGGCAACGCACGUUUCAAGAGGAAUCCUGGGUGGGGGAGGGGCGCUGGGUGGGGGAGGGGCGCUGGGUGGGAAGGGGAGCCCCCGAGGAGCAGAGGCGAGGAGGAGUGGGCUUGUGGGUGCCAGCGGCAGGGCGUUGGGGAGUGAGAGCAUGAAGAGAUGGGUGCAUUACUUCGGCGGCGGGGGUGGAGGGCGGAGCAGGCAAGAGAGUAAUCGAAUUGAAGAGAUUGUCCCAGAGACUGGCUCAGUGAAGCCCGACAGUGGAUAUACGGUUACCACUGGUAACACAACAACCAGCGACUCUGCUAGUGGAGAUAGAGACGUACCGUGA